UUAGAAUUCAAAAGAUUGAGACAUCGAUAUACGGUAUCAAUUUGUUUUCGUUAUGCCAAAAGAAUAAGAAUAUGCAGUAGUGAGUAAAUAGUAGAUACCUACACGUAUGUCUAUCUCGAUGUAGUAUGUUGUACCUACCUGCUCUACUUUACUGAAAGUAGCAUUGCAUCCAUCACAGAUUAUUGGUUGCGCUUUGCGCAGAAUCCAUCGGGCAUCGCUCGAUAUAGAUUUUUUCUCAGUUGAGGUAUCCAUAUUCAAGAUUGAAGCUGUCUACCGUGUUACUCCUAAAAAGUGUCUUUGUUCUGUAAAAAUGAGUAGUUCAUUUGUGAAAGGACUUCAUUGUGUAUGUGGGUAAGAAUCUCGCGAAAUGAUAUAAAUUGGCAGGUUUCAAUAAACUCAUUUGCAGCACAUAAUUACUAAAUCGUCAGUAGAUUUAAAGACAGGAUGGCGCACAAAGUGGUGGCGGAGAUUACUUCGUUGUACGAUACCUCACCAGAUUCCCUACUUGAGAUAUGUUUGGAAUAUUUAGUUGAACAUCUUAAUAUAGUAACAGAUUUGGAUCAUACAACUCGCUGGCGAAAACUCAAGGAAGACAUAAUACUUCCUGCUGAAAUAUGUGAAAAAUUUCUAGAAAUAUACCAACGAAUCAAUCGCAUUAACGACAAUAUUGCUAACUUGUUUCGCGAUCGAUUUCGUACACGCCUCGACGCCAUAAAACUACGUAAUUCCCGCAUCACUGAUGAGGGAUUUCGAUUCCUUAUGGAGCACAAACCGCAGGAAGUUGAACUCAUACAAUGCGAAUAUCUCUCUCCAAUGUCACUGGAAACAAUAAACAGAAACAGCAGGAACUUAGUCUCUCUCAAAUUUGGUCCUGCCACACAUGUCCUAGCUCAAGAUGAAAGUGCGUAUAAACAACGCGGCUUCAUAAUUUUUGCACCUAGACUUCGGAGACUUACUAUACACAAGCGUGGACUUGCUAUUUUCCACUUACUGCUCCUUAAACCUCUCUCCAAUCUGACACACUUGGAUCUCUCUGAGUGUGCAUCAGCUGGUUCAAUAUGGGCAUUAACUCGAUUACGAAAUCUGAGAUCUUUAGUACUGCACAGUGUGCACUGGACCAAAGAUAUCACUGAUUGGAUUAUUGGUCUUCGAGCUUUACAACAUCUGGACAUAUCACAGUCAAAUGAAAGACAUGGAAAAUAUCUUAAUCCAAAUGAAGUGCUGACAAAGUUAGUGACAAGUUUACCUGCUCUGGUUUCACUUGACAUAUCAGGCACAAAUUUAGCUGGAACAGGGGCUGCAACAUUGUCAACUGUCAAUGACAGCACCUCUGAUAAAAUGGAAACUGAAGUACGCUGUGAUAUACCAGGCCUAGUGUCCCGUGUGAACAACCCUCUGAAUUUUCUCGGAUUGUAUGGAACACAUCAUGGUGCGUGCAAGAGACAUGAUAUACCCGCUAAAGUGAUUUCUGGUGAUGCCAAUGAGAAGCAGAUUUUAAUUGCAGCUGCAGCAUAUAUGGAAAGGCCAGUAAUGCUGACCCGUGUUUUAAAUGAUCUAUAUUACCUGUUUAGAUAUGAAAAUAACACAAAUGUGUUACGGGCCUUGAAUGUUGUGCUUGAUGCCAUGGAUAGACAUGUGUCUGAAAAACACAUCCAAAUAUCUGGAAGUGCCACCUUGUUUUAUAUUGUGAAAGGCAAAGAAAAAGAACGUAUUGGAAUUAAGAUGAAGAAGCGUAUAAUUACAGCACUGCUGGAUGGCAUGGAUGCACAUCUUGGUGAUGACACCAUGAUGAGGAAUGGAUGUCUUACUCUCUGUGAAUUCAAGAUUCCUAAUGAUGUGCUUUUUGAAUAUGAACGAGCUGUGCAGAUACUCCUAAGCGGUGUUACUGAUGUAAAUCAAGAAGGCUCUGUUCAACGGAUUGCUAUAUAUUUACUCAACUCACUCGCAUGCCAAGUUGAUGGAAAGCAAAAAAGAUUCCUUGGGAACCAAGGCGCAAUUGGGAAAAUGUUGAACUUGAUAUCGGAUCGCCUGAAUCGGCGCAUAUGCGACGAUGUUUUGGAGGUGGCCUGGUCCACUAUGUGGAACGUUACUGACGAAACGCCACAGAAUUGUCAAAGAUUCCUCGAGAACCGCGGCAUGGAAUUUUUCCUGGCAUGUCUUAAAAAUUUCCCAGACAAUGAAGAAUUGCUUCGUAAUAUGAUGGGCUUACUGGGAAAUGUCGCGGAGGUCGGUGAACUGCGUCCUCAGCUAAUGAACAAACUGUUCCUUACGGUCUUCUAUGACCUCCUGGAUUCUUCCAGUGAUGGAAUUGAGGUUAGCUACAAUGCGGCUGGGGUGCUGGCCCACAUGGCGUCUGACGGGCCGGGCGCUUGGACCGUCGACGAGCCGAGCCGCGUCUGCGUGCUGCACCGCGUGGCCACCGCCGUCGAGCGCUGGGACCUGCACGCCGAACGCAACAUCAACUAUCGCUCCUUCGAACCGAUACUGAGUCUGCUCCACGCUCACCACACACCGCAGUGCCAGCACUGGGCCGUGUGGGCGCUCGCCAACCUCACCACAGUCUACCCCGAGAAGUACUGCAAUUUGGUGGAGGCCGAAGGCGGAUUGCGCCUGCUGAACAUUCUCUUGAACCAUCCGGCUCCGUACGAUCAGAUCAAGAACCUGGCUUGCAUUGUAAUCAACAACUGCACUAAAUACGCCGUACGCGACGCCUCCACUCCCCCGAUACCGACCACUCCGGAUAAUUAACUAAUGGAGUACUUUGAGGAGAUUGACCCCUUCCUCGAAGAAUAGCAGUACCUCUGCAGGGUUGCCCUGAUAGUUGGUUUGGGUCUUACAGUAGCAUUUUGCUGGAAAUUCAUAGCGAUUCUCCUGUAUGUAGCGGACAAUUAAUUUAGUCGCUUAGAGACGACAUAUUUUAUGAAAUUAUAGUAUUUAACAAGUUUAAUCCCCGUAGUAAAAUGUAUACGCAGCACGUUUAAAUUAUUGGUGUCGUAGUAAUGUUUAAUGUGUGUGAGUUUAGAUUUCACUAUAUCUCUGAAGUCUCAAGGAAGUUCGAAUGAUUUGACGACUCGCGCCCCACCUAUGGUGCGUUUAUGGUACUAUGACAAGAAGCUACUGUGUAUCAUCAACUGUAUCUAUAAUACCUGCAACCGACUCAGACAUUGCCUGAGUUUGUCGUUCUCAUAAAAAUACUAACAUUCAUCAAUGAACAGAUAAUCGAGUGAACUCAUUUUCUCCAUUCAAGCAUACACAUAAUAUUUCCAAGUAUAUUCAAUGUAGUAUGGUUAUAAUAUGGUAUGAACUUAUAGUUAAAACUAUAACAUUAUAUACGUUUUUUCUCUAUCGGUGUUUUAGAAUAUAACGUUUUUGAAUCAUAAAUGUCUAGGUGUGCAUUAGAUUAAGUAUCUACUAUGAUUGUAGUUUAUUUUUCAAAUUACUAAAUUACUAUUUAUUUUUUCAGGGGUGUCUAAAAAUUAUGAAUAUUUAUUUAGAGAUAUUUUUUUUUUGUUAACAUGCCUUCAUCAUUCAUUUACACUGAACAUUGUUUAUUUAUUCUAUUGUUUUGCCUGAGUUUAUCGUUCUCAUAAAAAUACUAACAUUCAUCAAUGAACAGAUAAUCAAGUGAACUCGUUUUCUCCAUUCAAGCAUACACAUAAUAUUUCCUAGUAUAUUCAAUGUAGUAUGGUUAUGAUAUGGUAUGAACUUAUAGUUGAAACUAUAACAUUAUAUACAUUUUUUCUCUAUCGGUGUUUUAGAAUAUAACGUUUUUGAAUCAUAAAUGUCUAGGUGUGCAUUAGAUUAAGUAUCUACUAUGAUUGUAGUUUAUUUUUCAAAUUACUAAAUUACUAUUUAUUUUUUCAGGGGUGUCUAAAAACUAUGAAUAUUUAUUUAGAGAUAUUUUUUUUGUUAACAUGCCUUCAUCAUUCAUUUACACUGAACAUUGUUUAUUUAUUCUAUUGUUUUUAUUGUUUAGGUGGGUAUUUAUAACUUUGCUAUGUACCUUAACUUCAACAUUAUAUAGGGACUUAGUCCGUUUACGUAAUAUUAGAAUUUACGAUACGUAGCGUAGAUUCUUCAUUAAAAUAUUAUUCAUUCGUAAAGAUAAAAUUUUGUCUCGUUUAUCGAUUACUAGUAUUAGGAAAAGCUAUAACAGCAAAAUUUUCUUUAGUAGUUUUUAAAUCGUAAGUCGAAAUUUAUUCGAGAACUAUUUUGUGUUUUCUUGAUAGUCGCAUUAUAAAAUUAUAUGUCGUAACAACGAUGGAAGCGUUACUCUGGUAGUUGCUUUUCAUGCUAAAAAUGUAGUGAUUAAAAAUAUAGUAAUUGUAAUAAUCAUCUAGUUAUAUAUUAUCUGGGUGUUUAAAUAAAUAGAUGUUGUAAAUUUGUUUUUGUUUAUUCUGUGGUUUUUUUUUUUCAUUUAAAUUAGUUUUCAUUUAUAAUAAUUAUAUUAUAGUAUUACUAAACCGUCUGGCUUUGUAGCGUCUGUGCAAACUAGAAGUGGCAACAAGUGAAUUUGUCUCUUCAGGCACUUUAGACGGUACUUGCAUUAUAGUAAUAUAUAUGUCGUUCUGUUACUAGAUUUGUCUUAUCUUUAUAUAAUAUUAUGUAUUUAUUCGUACUUCUUUAAAAGAUGUGUCAUUGUAGAAAUUAUUAUGUUAUCAAUAAAAGUGAUUAUUGAUGUGA